AAAAACAGUAAACAUUGCAGCUUUUUCAAAAGAAUAUAAAAAAUAAUUAGAUACAUAUUAAUAAAUAUAAAGCCAGCGAUAAGUAAUCUAAGAAAAUGGUAUCACAAGAACAAAUAAAAACAAUUGGUUGUGUUUUAAACAAUAAGGAGAGACCAUUGAAGGAACGAUUUCGGGCACUGUUUACAUUAAAAAAUAUUGGUGGUGCUGAUGCUAUAGAUGAAAUAAGCAGGGGAUUUACCGAUGAUUCAGCAUUGCUAAAACAUGAGCUGGCGUACUGUCUAGGUCAAAUGCAAGAUAAAAAAGCUCUAGGUAUCUUAACACAAGUAUUGGAAGAUGUCAAUCAAGAACCUAUGGUACGGCAUGAGGCCGCUGAAGCAAUGGGUGCCAUUGGAGCAGCAGAUAUAAUACCAAUUUUGGAGAAAUAUAAAAAUGAUCCUGUUGUUGAGGUAGCCGAAACCUGUACAAUUGCAUUAGAUCGUGUUAAAUGGCUGCAAAGCGGUCAGAACGUUAAAGAUAGCAAUCCCUAUGCCUCUGUGGAUCCAUCACCACCAGUCGAACACACUAAAUCGGUAGAAGAAUUAAAAGCUAUCUACUUGGAUCCCAAAAAUAGUUUAUUUGAUCGUUACCGUGCCAUGUUUAGUUUGCGCAACAUGCGUACCGAAGAAUCCGUCCUUGCUAUAACACAGGGCUUAAAAGAUGCCUCGGCUCUAUUCAGACACGAGGUGGCCUUUGUUUUAGGCCAAUUGCAAGAGCCUUGCAGUAUUCCGUAUUUAAAGGAAAAUCUUGAAGAUCGUUUAGAAAAUGAAAUGGUGCGUCAUGAGUGUGCAGAAGCGUUGGGUGCCAUUGCCUCUGAAGAAUGUAUUGAUAUUUUAAGUCGCUAUGCGGAGGACGAAAAACGUGUUGUCAAGGAAUCGUGUGUUAUUGCUUUGGAUAUGUGUGAAUACGAGAAUAGUCCAGAAUUUCAAUAUGCUGAUGGUUUAUUGAAUUUGAAUAAAUAAGCUGGACUUUUAUAUAUAUAUUUUAAUUAUUAACAUUAUGUACAUACAUAUUUAUAUAUAGGUACACAUAUAUUUAAAGAUACCUAAUAAAAAUGCAAUUCUACCCAAAAAAAAAAA